AUGUUCUCUCAAAGACUCCUCACCCAUACUUCCCUGUUCUCACUUGCGUCGCUGGCGGCCUCGCAGUCUGCUAUCCAGUUCGACGGCCGCGUCCCUGCUGGCACUCAGCUCUCUGCCUUCGAUUCAGACAACGGCCUGUUCAACCCGGGCAAUGUUUUCGGCAAGAACGUGACUUUCAGCAAGCUCCUGCAGCUUCCUGAUGUCGCCCCAUCUCUCUUUGACGUCGGCACCGUUCCUCUGGAGGUCACAAUCAACGACGAGUCCAUCUUUGCUCCUAGCGAGACCAACGUCCAGCUCGGCUUCCGCCGUGCUGAGCUUCUUCCUGCUAGCAACAAUGGCACCGACCCGUCCACCCUGGGCGUGAAGAGCCUGCACUUCAGCUUGAUGAAGGAUGCUGCUCGCCCGCUCAACAUCUCGCACGAGUACCAGCUUGCUUUUGUCGAGAGCGCCGACUUCAGCACCAACCAGUUCGUCCUCAAGACUGGUACUAUGCUUGACACCUCCACCCAGGGCGGUGUCGACCCAGACAGCCUCAUCCUCUUUGGAAAUGUCAAGCAGAGCCAGCAGCUCUUCAGCACCCCCUUCACCGAGGGUGUCUUCCACAACUUUGGCCUGACCCUCGACUUCAACGCCAACACCACCCAGGUGUUCUACUCCACCGGAAACGAGCCCCUUGCCAAGGUCACCGAGCCCCUGACCAACGACAUCAGCGGCCAGGGUCAGUACCACUUCGGCGUGCUCAAGAAGGGUGUCAAUGGCGGCGCCGACAUCACCAAGGAUGCUCAGCAGCCCGCGGGUAUCAACGAGGGCAUCAUCUACGGCGGUAUCUUCCAGGAGGACAGCUCCGCCAGCACUAUCACCCUGUCGCCCCAGGGCGGUGCUGCCACCAAUGCCACCGCCGCCUCGAGCAACGGCUCGUCCAGCUGCACCAAGAAGAGGUCUGUUGGGAGCAUCGCUGGUCGCGUGAAGCUUAACUAG